AUGUUAAUCUUACAUCAAACACUGGAUACACGAUCAUCAUCAAUCAAUCUUCUCACACUUCAGUCACAUACAAAAAACACACAAUGCAGAUUCACAAACUCUGUUUCCUUGCUCUGUUCUUAGCUCAAGCAGCCUUUGCCGUCAAGUUCAACUUCAAAACCUUCGAUGGAGACAACCUGUUCUUCCUCGGAGACGCAGAGCUUGGUCCUUCCUCCGACGGUUUAGACCGAUCCGGAGCUUGGUCCAUGACCCGUGACGAAAACCCAUUCUCUCACGGUCAAGGUCUCUACAUCAACCCCAUCCCAUUCAAACCCUCCAACGAUUCUGCUCCUUACUCAUUCGAGACCUCUUUCACUUUCUCCAUCACCCCUCGCACCAAACCAAACUCCGGCCAAGGCCUCGCCUUCAUCGUCGUCCCCACCGUCGACAACUCCGGCGCUUCCGGUGGCGGAUUCCUCGGCAUGCUCAACAAAACCAACAACGGUAAACCGGAGAACAACCUCUUUGCCGUCGAGUUCGACACUUUCCAGAACAAGGAGUUCCAAGACAUUAGUGGCAACCACGUCGGGCUCAACAUCAACUCCAUGACUUCGAACGUCGCGGAGAAAGCUGGUUACUGGGUUCAGACGAGAGUCGGGAAGAGGAAGGUUUGGUCGUUCAAAGAUGUGAACCUGAGCAGUGGAGAGAGGUUCACGGCUUGGAUUGAGUUUAGAAACAAAGACAACAGGAUUACCAUUACGCUCGCGCCUGAGAACAUGAAGAAACCUAAGAGACCUUUGAUCCAAGGCCCGAGAGAGCUCAAUGAUGUUAUUCUACAAAACAGUUACGUCGGUUUUGCUGGUUCCAUGGGACGUGCCGCUGAGCGUCACGAUAUCUGGAGCUGGUCUUUCGAAAACGCUGCCAAGAACAACUAAACCGGUCCAGUUACAAACAAGAAAAAGAAAACAAUUAAGCCGGUUUAGCAAGUCUGGUUUUGUUUUAUUUAUGCUCGUUCGAAUUAAUAAUCAAGGUUUAAAUUUUUAAACAAUAAAAAAGCCAGAUAUUUGGCUUUCUCUGUACUGUAUGUUUUCAUGUUCUUUGUAUCCUGAGAUUGACAAUAAAAAUAAACUCUUUUCAUACU